CAAAUAUAGCCUAUCUGUAGGCAAUAAAUGACUAGUGGUCAAUAAAAGUGGGGCCAGGAGUGGUAAUGGUGAAUAAAAGUGGUUCCACGUUUACUUGAUUUAAUAUACGAGGGUAUGCCGCUGUGAGGAAGUCAAGUUUAUUCACGUCUCCGCUCUGCCCGAAGGCUGGUGAAUAUCUGAGCAGACCUCAGCCCGGCAGCCAGCAGCGCCUCCCCCCUCCUUCCUCCCGAACAAGCAGUAUAUUCAUGCGGAUCUCCCCGGGACCCGACAGCCGUCAGGGACCUUGGACCGCCAGCCCCACCGUCUUCCUCUACUGCCACGGGGCCACCGCCAGCUGCCAGCCCCACACCAUGCGGACUAUCUUCUUCAGCACAUGGGCGCUGCUGCUCCUCUCUUCAGUGUCUGCCCAGACCCCACAGAGGCCAUCCUUCACUUGCGGGGGCAACCUGACUGAGGAGUCCGGGCUGGUGGGCAGCCAGGGGUACCCCGGAGUCUACCCCCCCAACACCAAGUGUGUCUGGAGGAUCACGGUCCCCAUUGGUCGGGUGGUCGUCCUCUCGUUCCGCUUCAUCGACCUGGAGAGUGACAACCUGUGUCGCUAUGACUACGUGGACGUGUACAGCGGGCACGCCGGCGGCCAGAGGCUGGGCCGCUUCUGUGGGACGGCGCGGCCGGGCGCGCUGGUCUCCACGGGCAACAAGAUGAUGGUCCAGAUGAUGUCCGACGCCAACACCGCCGGGAGCGGCUUCCUGGCGGUCUACUCUGCUGCCCACCCCCACCAGAGAGGGGAGCUGUACUGCGGGGGUCUCCUUGAUAAGCCCACUGGGUCCUUCAAGACCCCCAACUGGCCGGAGAAGGACUACCCAGCGGGGGUGACCUGCUCCUGGCGCAUCGUGGCCCCCAAACACCAGAUCAUCGAGGUGAGGUUUGAGAAGUUCGACGUGGAGAGAGAUAAUUACUGCCGCUACGACCACGUGUCCAUCUUCAACGGACCCGAGAUCAACGACGCUCGCAGGAUCGGGAAGUUCUGUGGAGACAGCCCGCCAUCGCCGGUGCUGUCUGAGGGGAACCAGCUGGUGAUCCAGUUCCUGUCUGACCUCAGUCUGACCGCAGACGGCUUCAUCGCCCACUAUACCUUCAGGCCCAAGAAGUACAUCAGCUCCACCCUUCCCCCCGUCACCACCACCCAGCCGCCCACCACCCGGGCCAUACCUAUGAAGUACUCUGCAGCUCUAUGUCAGCCGAAGUGCAAGAAGAGAGGAAGUCUGGAGACCAACUACUGCUCCAGUAACUUUGUGCUCACAGGGACAGUGAUCACGGCGUCCGUUCGGGGGGGCAGUGUCUUCGCCACCGUCUCCAUCCUCAACCUUUAUAAGGAAGGGGGCGUGGCCAUCCAGCAGGCGGGAAAAACCAUGAGCACCAAAAUCACCAUCUUGUGUCGGAAGUGUCCUCUGAUCCGUCGAGGGAUGAGCUACCUCUUCAUGGGCCAGGCAGAUGAAGACGGACGGGGGACCAUCGGACCGCAGCACCUGGUCACCGCCUUCAAGACCCGCAACCAGAAGGAGCUGAGCGGCCUGAAGACCCAACACUGCUGAGGCCUACCGGCUCACAGCUGGAGCCCCGACCUACACCUAGAUCCCCCUCCUGACAGCUCGGUCGGCACACCUUCUGGAGAACCAAUCAUAUAGAACCCUCUCAGUCUACACACCUGCUGGGGAACACAUCUUCUGGAGAACAUAUCAUAUAGUACCCUCCUCGCAGCUCAGUCUACACACUUGCAUAUUCAGGUAGAACGUAUAGAUAUAUAGGUUUAGAACGUUACAUAAAAACGUGGUGAAAUCAAUUCAUUCCAAUAAUAUCCUAAGUCAGGACAGAGUGCCAUCUCUCGUUCUGUGAUAGGGACCAGGCUACUGUAGAUGUUCUGUUUAGCCCUCAAGUCGAAGACGUGGGCUUCGACUUGGUUAAGGAGAGGGGGUCUCAGCGAGGCUGGAGUACUGAGGCCUCGAUGAGUGUGUGUGGAUGCGUGUGUGUUCCGUGUUGUGGCGUGAGUCAGUUUUCCAUGUCUCACACUCCCAGGAGUCACCACAGACACAUCUGCAUCAUCAUCAUCAUCAUCAUCAUCAUCAUUCCCCUCAGCUCCUCCAGACCUGGUGAAGGCCUACGGACGCUUUAUUUAUCUUUGAAUAUGAGAGUAAACUAUGUCAGAUGUAUUUUAGCUGGACAUGGGAGAUAUUUAUUAUGGUAACAUGUGCAAUAGAUUUUAUAUAGGAUCCUUUGGAUUAGUAAUAAACAAGGCUCUUUUGAAGCAAAAGUUUUAUUUAAUAGAUGCAAAGGUUCUCUGCCAGCCUAUUUCUAACCGUUUAAAAAGUAAAGAGAUUAAAUUAAAUAUUUUCAUAUGAAAAAGUCUGCUAGUUAUUUAAAGUUCAUUGUUUCCUGCCAAAUAAAAUCCUCGAAUACCA